AUGAUAAAACUUGUGUCAACAUUUAAAGCCCAACUAUUUUGUGCAAUAGUACUUACAUGCAGCGCGAAAGGUCGCAACCGAUCCGAAGAUUUCAGCCCAUUAGGCGAUUUCAUAGAUCAGAUGAUCAAGCCGUAUAUUUUGUUUGCAAAUCAAAUUAUCAACCAAUCAUACACACAACCAUCGAUGGUUAUAAAUAAAGGAGACAAAAAACUUUUGAAUGAGGUCGAGGGGGACGUAGAAGCCUUAGUUCGGAAAAUGACUGGCCGUUUGAAGUCGAAAAUGAAUUAUUGA